GUAUCUGUUGCAGAGUAAACAUUCGGAACUGAAUUCACAGUCUGUUCAGUUUAAACACUUCAAAGAAAAAAAUGUCCGUGAAAGUAUUGAUUUUAAUUUGCUUUUUGAGCGCAGUUCUAGCUUAUCCCAGAGAUGAUCGACAGGAUCAGUGGCGCCAAAACCCACAGCCGCCCCAAAGACAGCCUCAGUUCAAUUUACAGGGAGGUGGUAGUCCCAAGCAAGGCAUAGAUUUGAGUCUUGACACGCGUGUGCCCGUCUGGCAAAGCCAUAAUGGCAGACACGAAUUCGACGCCACCGGACAGUAUUCGCAACAUUUGGGCGGACGAUAUGGCAAUAGCCCUCCCAAUUGGGGAGUGGGCGGCCAGUACACUUUUAGGUUUUAAAUCUACUGCAAAAUAAAUACUUAAAAAAAACUAUAUAAGUAUAUUUUUAUUAAAUUAUACUUAAAGUGUCAAGAGUUAUAAAAUCAUUAAAAAAUUAAUAAAAACGUAAUUCAGUUUUAAA